UUAAACCUAGCCCAACUUGCCUCUGUUAUUUUGAAGGUGACUGCGAGGGCGAGGCCAGUUCGCUGGCAGGAAGAGAAGCUCAGAAAGAUCGAGGGGCUGAGAGUUGCGGAGAAUUAUAGAGCAAAAAGAGUUAUUAUUUGGACAAGGUAUUAGAUAUUAUCUAUAUUUAAAGAGGUAUGACAACGCGAAUUGCUCCCGGAGUCGGAGCGAAUUUGCUGGGCCAGCAUUCGGCGGAGAGGAAUCAAGAUGCUACUGCUUAUGUCGGCAAUCUUGAUCCUCAGGUUACGGAGGAGUUAUUGUGGGAGCUGUUUGUUCAAGCGGGUCCUGUUGUUAAUGUCUAUGUCCCAAAGGAUAGAGUGACCAAUCUUCAUCAGGGAUAUGGAUUCGUAGAAUUCAGAAGUGAAGAAGAUGCUGAUUAUGCGAUUAAGGUACUGAAUAUGAUUAAGCUUUAUGGGAAGCCAAUUCGUGUCAAUAAGGCAUCGCAAGAUAAAAAGAGCUUGGAUGUGGGAGCAAACCUUUUUAUUGGGAAUCUUGAUCCUGAUGUGGAUGAGAAACUUUUGUAUGAUACUUUCAGUGCUUUUGGAGUCAUUGUUGCAAAUCCUAAGAUAAUGAGAGAUCCUGAGACUGGAAAUUCUCGUGGUUUUGGUUUCAUUAGUUAUGAUUCUUUUGAGGCAUCUGAUGCAGCUAUUGAGGCAAUGAAUGGUCAAUACCUUUGUAAUCGCCAGAUAACAGUAUCCUAUGCUUAUAAAAAAGACACUAAAGGGGAGCGCCAUGGUACCCCAGCAGAGAGAGUUCUGGCUGCAAGCAAUCCAAAUGUGCAGAAGAGCAGGCCUCACACAUUGUUUGCGAGCGGGCCUCCAACACUUCCCAGUGGCCCUCAGGCCAAUGGUACUUUAGGUGCGCCAGUGCCUCCACGGCCCUUUGCUAAUGUUCCUGUUGCUCCUGGCCCAGUCACAGCAGUUCGUCCUCCGCCCCCACAAGCUGCAGCUUUCCCAACCAUUCCAGUUGCUGGACAAGCAACUUGGCAACAACCAGGUCAAACAGUUCCACCCCCAGUCAUGCCUCCACCCCCCAUGCAGUUCAGACAACCUCAGCCACCUCCCCCUCCAUAUGCUGCUUCCAUGAUGACAAGGCCUCUCCCACAACAAAUGGGAAUGGGAGGUCAAACACCUGUCUGGCCCCCUCCACCACAACAAAUGGCUGGAAGACCCUCUAUGCCACAGAUGGUAAUGGUUCCCCCGCCACCUCCAUCUUCAGGUUGAAGACUAAAAGAAAUUUGUCCUUCUUAUUCAUUCACCGCUUAUCGAUGUUAUUUUUGUUUGUACUCUAUUAGAAAUAUCUGAAAUUUACUGUUGGAUUGAAAGCCAUGUUUUCUUGAGUUCACUGCAUCCUUGUCCCUGUACCCUGUUAGUGCAUUAGUGUCAAAAUUCCAGACUUGGUUAUAUGCCAGUGCUUGAUCAGAGAAUCUAAAACUAGUAGUAGAUCUACAAGUUGUAAGCAAUGUGUCAUUCAUUCGUAAUCUUAAAUGGUCCAUAGAUGCUGGUUUCAUGUUGUGCGAGCUAUUAUCAUCAUCAAAUAUUACAAGUCAAACAAACAUGUGAUUGACGA